CCACCGACUGCACAUAACAUCACCGACAUACUACCCUCAUCAACCAAUCCCAUAGCCAAUCCGACCGUCAGCGAUGACCCAACCCCUGGCUUAAACCUACCCUCGGACACUCCUCCAAAUGCACACACCUAUACCGGCGGAGUCAUCCACCACCCCACUGCCAGCGACCUACAUCACGUUGACUCCGCAGCCAUCUCCGAUGUAGCAUUGGUUGCCCCCACUAGUGCAUGCAUAGAGAGCCACAGGCACAAAGGCAAGGAGGUUUUGGUUAGUCCCUUGACUUUAGCUCAAUCACUUGAUAUGCGGCCAGCUAAUUUAUCUCCUAAUUUGAAUGUUGCCGAACCUAGACAUUAUGUAUAA